AUGUCAAACGAAGAACUCUUUGAGGUGUUGACCAGUGAGGGAGGCUGGUCGCCCUCCGAGAGCGACUUCCAGGCUCCCUGUAAGGGUCUCUACUACUUCUCCUUCCACGGCGUGGCUCAAGACAGAGGCGACUUCACGCUGGCCCUGAUGAAGAACGACCAGUACCAGGUGACAGCAUAUGGCGGAAAGGGCAGCUUCCAGCAGGGUUCCAACUCGGCCCUUCUCCUGCUGAACCAGGGGGACCUGGUCCACCUCGAGCUGCAGCAGGGAAGCCUCUACGAGCAUCCAUUCGAUGAGGCCUACACCUCUUUCAGCGGAUUCCUCGCCAAGGCUUAUUGAGUAAGAAAGAUCCUGUAGGCAUUUUUAAGAAGGAGGCCCUUUAUCACCCAUUAAAUAAAUUCAAAGGAGGAGAAAAACAUUCACCAGCC